CUCAAACUGCCUCCUGGUACUUAACAUGGUUGUACCAGUAGUUUAAUUGCACAAAAUAUUUCCUACCUAUUAACAUCGCUAAUUAAUUCGUGGUCAGAUCAUGUUAUAAAGUAGAAUAUCUUCAUUUUAGCUAUUAUUGAAGAUACAUAUAAUAUAACAUUAAGAGAGAAAGCCAAAUAUAACCAUAUUCUAUCGCACUUGUUGGGGUUUGUCAACCAGGGGCGUAACAAUCCCCGACACAAUCUGAAGCAUUGGGCUAUACUCGAAUCUACCAGGCCAUCCCAGUGUGACUAUAGUUGCUGGAGGGGAGCAGGUGUGAUUUCAGAGCCAGUUAGAUUAUCCCAGAGACUGGCUCCGUCAAUGAACUUUUGGUCACGAACUCCAACAUUGUUCCAAAGAUGUUCAGGGAGGAUCCCUGCUACAAGUUUAGUGGAUGCCACACAUGAAAACAAAAAAGCAGGAAGUGCAAUCUGUGAUGCCUUGCGGACCCUAGUAACUCCUAGUCUGAUUGGAAGUGAAAUCCGUCUUCUAGUUAGGCCCAACGAACAGAGGAACGGGUGGAUUAAGAAAGCCAGGAAAUAUGAUCACGGAAUGGUGUUGCCAGUUCCAGGUGCCCCGGUUAGCCCAGACUUGGCUAGACACCCAGGUAUCCUCAUCCACCGUCACAAGAUGCGAAUAUAAUGCGGUUGUUGGAACUUAUUCGCGCAAAUCAAAUCCGACAGGAGCAAAUGAUUUGCGAGUUGAUGGGAUUGUUAGGAGCGAGAUCCGCCCAGCCUCCUACCCAUCCAUAUGGUGAUGCUGCUGCCCCUCCUGCCCAUGGGGUUGAUGUUAAUGAUUUUAUCCAGGAUAUUGUAACUCCUACCCACGCUGAGAUCGCACCUUCUCCCCAGUCUCAUAUGAGUGGAGAAUGUGUUAGUAGUUGUUAUUGCGAUAAAUGCGUAUGGAGCGAGAUGGAAUAUUUUAUGACAAAUUCCCAACCUACUUCAUGUAUGGAUGAGGAUUCCCCCAUAAAUUAUCCGUCAGCUUCCCCUAUAAAUUAUCCACCAGCUUCCCCGGAUGAGGAUUCCCCCAUUUAUUAUCCACCGGCUUCCCCCCCAGAAGUUUAUUGUAUAACAGAUGAGGAAGAUGAUGAACAAA